AUGUCCGUCUACCAAGCCGUCACCUUGGUCCAAACCAAGGUGACUACUAUCAUCUCCAUGUGGGGUUGCUGGCUGCAGCUAACCCGCCUACCACAGGCAAUCGCACAAGCCAUCGCACAGCGGAAGCAAGAGAUCGAACAAGUGCGCAAAAUCCUCUCGGACAACCUCGCCUUUGUUGCAGCUCGACGUGUCGACCUUGACCAACAACGCAUCCAACUCGAGCAAUUUCGAGCAAUCCUGCAGGGCCGCAGCGACCUAAAUGUCGACAACCUGAAGCAAGAGAUCGAUCGAUGCGAGUACGCAGUCCUGUGGAAGCUGAGAGGGUUUCCCUCCGACACCUUGCCGAUGUGGAAGAGUACAAUAUCCAGCUCAUGCGGUUGGAGGAGCAAGCAGUUUACAUACAAUUGCUCUCUCGUCAAUCCUUGUUCGACGCGUGUAACGUGUAAACACAACUCUUCUUCCAACCACAACUCAUACCUUUUCCCAAUGGCCACUGACAGAAUCAAGGCGAAACUCGACCAGCUGCGCGCCGAAGCAGAUGCAGCUGUGACCCGUGCGGAAGAGGCUGAGGCUAAAGUCAAGAAACUCGAGCAAGCUCUCCUCGAGAAGGAACAAGAGAACAACUCGUUGAGGGUGCGAUUGGAGCGCGCCGAGGCUGAGGUGGACGACACCAGGACCCAGCUCGACCAUGCGAAGCAGUACAGCCUCGAGGGCGAAAGCUCUCUCAAGGAUGCUCACAACAAGCAGAAGAAGAUUGACCUACUUGAGGAGGAACUCGACAAGGCUGAGCAGAACUUGAGGGAGACUGCGGAGAAGCUUCGCCAGGUCGACGCAAAGGCUGAGCAGCUGGAGCGCCAGGUCAAGGUCGGUGACCAGGAGAAGGAGGCUUUGGAGAACAAGUACGCGCAAUUGGAAGAGAAAUACAGGAAGUCGCAGCUGGAACUCGAGGAAUUGGAGAAGAGCUUGUCCGGUCUAUAAAUUCGCUCGUCGGUCUACGCUCUGCACCUCCAAAUCAUAUCAUAUCUAUCACCUCGACCCCGUGUCAACAGCAAUUCGUUACUUCAGCCCCUGUCUUCAUUGUUCCCUCAUUCACUUUCAUGAUGGAUCUAUUCGAUGCAUAGUACUCAAAUUAAUGGAAUUCAGUCUUUCAAGUUCACAAGA